GGGAGACCGGCAAAAGUACCGAACUUUGACAGUGAUUAUAAGUUAGAGUCGUGUAUGCAAGCACGACGGCGAGCGUCGGGGGCGUUGCAGGUCGGCUCUAGCUUUGGAUUUAUGCAAUUGCUUCAGACAUUCAUACCUGAACAUCACUUCGAAAAGAAGGUGGGGAGAUGGCCUGGGUCCGCGUAG